CUCCUCUGAUCAGACCUGUUCUGCGCAUCGCGUCCUUAAAGUUGUAAAGUUCACUGGAUUCCUCCGCGUCCUCACACUAGCCUUUCUGAGACCCUAAGACCAGUUGAACAGCCCGAGAAUGUCUGCUUCAGAUUCGCAGACGUUCAUUCCGCCACGCAAAGUCAUCCUAUCCAAGGAGCAGCUCGAACACUUCCAGGCCUCCAAGACACACCAAGACAUCGUCGCGUACAUCCAGAGCCUCAAUGAAGCCGUCGUGGGCGUGAAGCUGACGGACGAGUGCUCCGAGUCUCCCGGAGUGAAGGCGAUCUUGGGCGUGCUGGACAGAGUCGAGCAGAUCGCGAAGGAGACUCCGCCUGUGGACAACCAGGCGUCGCGCUUCGGUAAUCCAGCGUUCCGGACGUUCUAUGACAAGGUCCAGGAGGCGGCCCCGUCCCUGUACACCAACCUUCCCAACUUGCCUGACGCCGCUAUCCCCGAGCUUGCGGUCUACUUCGGCGAAUCAUGGGGCAACAGGUCGCGCAUCGACUACGGAAGUGGCAUGGAACUCAACUUUCUUUGCUGGAUAAUUUGCUUGGAACGAUUGGGCGUCGUGCAAGAAAGUGAUCAUAUGGCUCUCGUUAUCAGAGUGUUUUGGAGAUAUGUGCAAGUCAUGCGGGUCCUCCAAUCGACGUACUGGCUCGAGCCGGCUGGUUCUCAUGGCGUUUGGGGUCUUGACGACUACCAUUUCUUGCCGUUCCUAUGGGGUUCUGCACAGUUACGAGGGCACAAACACAUCAAGCCGAAGUCGAUUCAUGACAGCGACAUCGUGGAUGAGUAUUCCAAGCACUACAUGUACUUCGCCUGCAUCAAAUUCAUCAAUUCCGUCAAGACCGCCUCACUACGCUGGCACUCGCCCAUGCUCGAUGACAUAUCCGCGGUCAGGACCUGGGACAAGGUCAACUCGGGGAUGAUCAAGAUGUACCUCGCCGAGGUCCUGGGCAAGCUCCCCGUCAUGCAGCACUUCCUCUUUGGCUCGGUUCUCGCGUGGGACGGGCCGAUGCCGCCCCCGCGCAGCGAACCCGGCCAGGACGACGCCCAUUGGGGACACGCCCACGCCCACCCCGACCUGGGCGGAGCGGGCCAGCGCGAGGUCGGAUGGGGCGACUGCUGUGGCAUUCCGGUGCCGUCGGUCUUCGGGGCGGCCGCCGCAGAGAAGGAGAGACUGCCCGGCGCUGGGCUCAGCGGUCCCGGAAUCCGGGCGGUUCCAUUCGACUGAGGAGCCUGGUCUGGGGGUGUAUGGUAUGAACGAGAAGGAUGUAAGCUACUGACGCAAUAUGCGCGCUGUAUAGGUCGUACUUGUGUAAUACUAGCCAUCUUCCGCUGUG